AACACGUUUAAAUACAUCAUGCACACUAUAGACGACGGAAGUGAACCGUAUAGACGUACGCGGCACACGCCCGUGUGACUGCCCCGUGAAUGGGUAAUGAUUUCGCGCGGAUGACGUCACGGGUUGGCUAGGCCGACCCAUUGUGCGUGAGGCGAGUCCUACAAUGGCGGCGGCGGCGGCGAACACCAGGUAACAUCUGCCGUGCCGUGUGUGCAUGUUUGUGUGUUGUUGUGCCGAGAACAAUGGGGGACAGCAGCGAGAGGAGGGCGGCUUGUGGGCGGUACGACCCGCAACCAUGGCGGAAAGACAGGUGCAGGGUUUGUUUCCGGACACGCGAGGAUCACGGCCUACUGGGCGAUGAUGUAGACGGUGGCCUCAUGCCUGUGGAAUUAGCGGGAACUCCCGAGGGUGGACCGGCUGCUGAGAUAGCGGGUAGAGAGCAGAUUCCGAGUCCGCACCAGCAGCUGCCGCCUUUUUUGGAGAACCGCGGCGUUGAGAACGACCCUUCGGGAGGCAUGCUGCUUUCCCCCGAGGGAUCCAGCGUAGGCGAUCCGGAGGAGGACCAGGCCAGCACGGACCUGGAGACCAGCUCGGCCGAGGAGAACGGUAGCACCGAGCGGAUAGACAGACAGAUGAAGAAGGACACAGACGCCCCACCCCCUCGGGUGAAGCCACGGUCAGGCGCGCACAGCUCCAAACCCUGGCGGCAGAACUCAGCCUCCACCAGGAAGAAGCUUCGCACGGCGGACGAAGUGAUGGUAAAACCAGGUGACGUCACGAAGAAAUUAUCUAAAGGAGGCCAUAUUGGCAAACCGUCCACCGUUCGCGGGAACUUUGAGAGAGGAGGGGGGCUAAGUCUAACCAGCACUUACACCCGCUCGUCUCUGACUAAAAGUCCGGCUGUUUAUAGAAAGGAGAACGGUGCCAGAACGUUAAAUACGGACACCGCUGGCAAAGGUACAACCGGGAUAUGGAGUUCUGGGGGUAAACAACAGUCCUGGCAUACCACUGGGUCAGUCAAAGCCAAGCCGGACGGCAAGCCGGCGGGAGACGGAAUCUAUCUCACCGAGAGGUAUCGCGCGAAGGCCCGAGCACAGGCGAGCAGAGGUACACGGGGUUCGGACGAGAAGCUCAACAACUACCUCAGGAGUCCCGACUCCGACCGAGGGCCGAGCACCUCGCCCGACGGCGGCCGGAGAUCCCCGAGCUCACCCGAAGACAGGAACGCCAAGGUCGGGGACGACAUUGCAGAGGAGAACUCCCGACUUAAGGCGGAGAUUAAGGAACUGAAGCUGGAACUUGAAGAAAUGCAGGACUCGUUUCGAGAAGAGGAAUUUGAGCAGUUUCGGCAGCUGCAGCGGGAGCUCGAACAAACUUCCCGGAACUGCCGCAUCCUGCAGCUGCGCCUGCGCAAGGCUGAGAAGAGGAACGAGCAGGUGGAGGCGGACCGCGGGAACUACAGCCGGGUCAGGGAGAUCGAACAGGACCUCAAGGUCGCGAAAGAUGUGUCCGUCCGUCUGCAUCACGAGUUGGAGCAGGUGGAGGAGAAGCGGUCCAGAGUUGAGGAGCAGAACCAACAUCUUAGACACAAACUCGUCAAGUCCGAGACGUCUCGGCAAGCCCUGAAGGGGGAAGUCGAGAAACUCAGGAAACAGAUACAGAAGGCAAAGAACCACAACAAAGGCUCCGAUACGGAAGACGCUUCCUCGGCAGCCAUCCAGGCGACCAGUGCCGAGGCACAGUCUGACGUGCGCCGGCAGCUCGAGCUCGUUGAGGAGGAGACCAACCUCAUGCGGCAGUCUCUCGUCGAGGUUGAAAAAGACAGAGACGGUCUACAGUUUCAGCUAGAACAGUAUAAAAGAAAGUACGGCGAGUUCGAAUCGUCUGAGAGCGAGCAAGCCGAGCAGUCAGAAUGCAGCAACAUUAGUAAAGAAGCUCAGUUAAAACUGAAGCUUAAACUAGUAGAGGAAGAGGCGACAACAUUAGGACGAAAACUGAUAGAAAUGGAAGUGAAGAACGAAAAAAUUGGUGCGGAGCUUCAAAAGUACCGCGGCAGGUGUAAGAACAUGUCCGCUUCGAGUAGCGAAUCAGAGGCAAGCUACCCGGAAAGCGACAUGCCUGAAAACGUGGAAGAACUUCGAAGACAGCUACAGUUCCUUGAAGAAGAGGCUGACGUCUUACGCAGGACCGUUUCAGAUCUGGAGGAGCAGAACCAAAAUCUCAUGGCCCAAGUCUCGCGAUACCAGGCCGAGAAGAAGGCCGGUAACCUUCGACCUCGAGGUAAAGAUGGCGGCCAGGAUCUGAAAGCGAGGCUAAGGCUUCUCGAAGAAGACAAUUCUAUACUAAAACAGAAACUUGCUGCGAUGGAAUAUGAUAACAGAAUUUUAGUAUCAACGAUUCAGAAGUAUGAACUUGAAAUUAAAUGUGCAAAAAGCGCGAAAACACCAGACUCAGGCAGCAAAGAGGACAUCAACAAAAAACAGCUCGAAGAGGAGGUGACCUUUCUGCGGAACAAACUCGCGGACAUGGAGGGGAGGAACGAAGAUCUCGCGAGAAUUUGCGAGGAUAACGAGCACGACAUGGCGGCUGCCCGGAUGGAGAAGGACAUGGAGAAGCAGAUCAGUGAGUUCCAGCGGCUGGAGGAGAUGUGCCUGCUGGAGCAGAACAUAGAGGAACUACAGACCCAUUUAGAGUACCUUCAAACCUGCCUUGACCAGAAGGACGAGGUCUGUAAGCGACAGGAGAAAGAGCUCACUGUCAUGGCGGAAGAACUCAGAAUCCUCAAGACUGAAGCGGGACUAAUAAAAGAAGGGGAGGAAGUCCGGUGGCGGAAACAGCCGACCCGUGACGACACCGCCAGUGCCAUGACGCCUCCUAGCGACGAGAAGAAGAAGGGCAAGUCUUCCAAAGUUGGCAGCCCUACCCAGAAGUCUACCAGAAGCAAGGCUCUGAAGGACAUGAUAGCUCAGGACAAGACGAAAACGAACCUCCCUGACAAUUCUGAAGACUGUAACUGUGAGACAAACGGGGAUUCUGGGAUAGUAGAACAACAUGGCGGACGAUCUCGUCUGAUUAUGACGUCAUCAGAGACUACCUCGUCACCAUUGGAACUGGCUGCCGUUGUAAAUGCUGACUUGAAGCAAGUGCCUUUGUCUGGGGAGAAACUACAAAUGUUGCAAGAGAGCCUCUCUAAGGUUGAAGAAACGAGAAAACUGCUCUUGGAUUGCUCAGCGCAAACUUCGGACCUCAAAGAUAAAAACGGCAGUCUCGCAGAUGAUUUGCCUGAUUGGAGCGCCAUCGUGCGUACAGCUGAUGAACUGCAGCAUCACUGUGACCGCUUACACAAAGUGUGUACCGAGUACAGGGCGCUUUGUGAAGAAACUCAGGAACAGAAAAAUGAGAAAGACGACCACCAUGGACAAGCCGAGACAGUACUGCAAUCACUCUACCACCAUUGCGCACUGAUAUCCACAAACAGUUCAAGCUUGCGGCAGCACAUGGCUAGCAUAGAAACAAUGCUAAGCCAAAGCAACAUUUCCGACACCAACGAUGCCCAAAGACCAUCAGAAACACAUCCUGAAACCAUCAAAGAACAACAAAAUCUACUUCAGAUGUAUAGUCGAACAUAUGUGUCCCUGCAGAAUCUUGUGCGGGCUAUAGAGGAGAUGGCCGACUGUUUUGUCCAGCCGGCUGCCGACAGGGACAGAAUUCCGUUCCGGGAAUCUACGAAUUUCCAGGAAUGCAGCGAGAAUUCCAAACUAAUGGUGCCGACUAAAGCUUCUGAAACCGAACCCAAGCAAGACACGAGCGGAAUGGAUCCACAUCGCAAUGAUGUUCCUGAAGCUCCGGAUCCACCGCUUCAAAAUGAUGACAAAGAGGUCCUUGUUGGUAGCAAAGGUUGCUUUUGCCACAAUCGCGAGGAAUGCAGUCAAACCUUCGCUGUUGCCGUCCAGAAUACAACAAAUAGUAUCAAAGAUAGUGACAUAAAUGUGCGUGAGUCGGAACAUCAAACAGACACAGUAGCUGCAGAUGGCGCUUUCGAAAACGUGGAUGGCUCGUCGUCGGAAUCCCAACAUUUAGAAACAAUUUCCUUGUCAAAUUCCGCUGCUGAAGAGGAAGUCGAGGGCCUUGCGCAUUCCUUCAUAACUCCAUCAGUGGAGGUUUACCCAUGUGAACACUUAGACCUAGUUCACCUCUUUGCAGAAAACUUAAAACUUCAAGACGAACUUGAAGUGAGAGAGAUUGAGUGGACUGUUCAGAACUUUCAGCUUUCGUACGAACUUGACCGUUUGCGCGAAUUGUGCACCACCAUCGCUCAACUCGCCUUUUCUGACACUUUAACACCUGGCACGAUCCCUUACGAGAAGGAGGUCCAAGGAAGUGCUUCUCUUAUCGAAGAAACUCUCCAAGAAGGUCGAAUGGCGGAUGCGGAGAUGAAGAAAAUCCUAGAGACGUUGAUGACGCAGGUCAGCGAUGAUCUUGACACAAAUAAAGACAAAAACUGUAAGACGUCUUCUGACGUGGCGUCAGCUAAAGACGAACUGCGAGGCGAGACCUCCGGCAAGAGCGAGGCUCCGAGCGGAGCGACCCAGCGCCACCCCGACCACUGCGAAACCAGAAAACAAGAAGCGGACCGAGUGGAGGCCUCAGGCGAGGCGCGCAGCGACACGGACGGGCAUGAAUUCAUGGAUAUGAGCGAGAAGGGAAGUCUUGAGAUCGACAAUCGUCUUAAAGAGGGUCUGGACGACGAGGAGAAGGAGGAAGACGAGCGAAACGAUGCCAUGGACAUCGAUCAGACCAGCACUAACGAACUGCACGGUGGUCAGGACAAGAACGCGUGGUUGAAGGAAAAAAGAGAGCUGGAGAGGAAAGCACGCGAGGUGGAUGAGAGUCGGGGGCUGCUGUCGGAGUUUCGCGGUUUGUUGGAGGAUCUGAGGACCCAGCUUAAAAAUGAGGAGAAGAGGAAGAAAGACAUCCAUGACCUGUACAUGGCAGAGAAGUCCGCCUGGGACAAUGAAAAGCAACGUCUGGAGGAAAGAAUUAAAGUGGUUGAGACUAAAUCUACACAGCCUCAGGAGCAGAAGCAGAACAAGAUGGCGGAUCUGGGAGACCCGGACAUGGAGCGGUGCCAGAGUGCGCCCCCUGGCGACCCGUACGUGUACAGGACAGAGUUGGUGCGGAAGUGGGAAGAAGAGAAGAAGAAUUUGAUGCACAUGUUUGCGGAGGAGAGGAACCAAUGGCAGGAGCAGUUGAGCAGCAUGCAGUCAAAGAUACACGAGUUCCAAGCCCUGCGCCCGUUCUCACCGGUGUUCGACGACCCCGUUCCAAAGAGGAAGCAGCUGGACAGCUCGGGGUUGACGCAGGCGCAGAAGCACAACGCCAACACGGAGGAGAUCCUCCGGUGGGAGAUCGAGAAGCGACAGCUGAAGAGGACGCUGGACGAGGCUUUAAGGCAAAUUGCCUCCGUUACAGACGACCUCCAGACGUAUAAGGUCAGCACCAUUGGCACUCUUAAAAGGUCGAAGUCUCAGAGUGAUCUGAAGUCCCUCCAGGAUCUGGAUUCCGCCAUGGAGACUCUGUACCACACAAGUGGCGCGUCAUCGGGGUCAGGGUACACGGCGAGCUACAGCAACAGGCAUCCGGACGUGACGUCAGCGGAAACGCUGUGUUCCUCGUCCAAUAAGAACAGGGGAUACUAUCGCUACGCGACGGAGGUUCCCUACAGAGGGCGCGCGAAUGACAUUGGUGCUCCGACAGUUCCUCCGCGCUCAACGACCUUCCGGAUGAUGGCCGAUGGCGAGGUCAAGGCGCAGAAGCCGGUUGAUCGCAAACCCAAGAAGUACAGCAAGAGAAGUCACACGAUGCCUAUACCUGACCGGAGGGAGGUGAACGGGAAACUGAACGGCGACGAUCUGAUGCACCCGUCUCAGUUCAAGGCGCUGAAGCAACUGUUCGAGGCGAGAACGCAGAGUCACGGUCUAAAGCCGAUGAACUUCAUGAACGGUGCGACAGGACCGUAUGUUGUUGUGCCGAAGAGGUCUGUGGGCUAUGGCAAAGAGGAGGAGCAUCCGAAGGGGCGUCUCCCGCUGAGGAAGUUCGAGCAGAUCCGAGGCGAUGCUCCUUCGCCUGUGCCCAUCCUGCCGGGCAGCAGCAUAGUUCCUGUUGGCGCCGUGCCAGUUCUCGGCAUUCCCGUUAGGGGGCUCUCCAAGCUCGUGCGCGAGAAGGAAGCAAUGAAAGCGCAGGCAGAACGGGAUGAAAGGAACGCGAGAAGCGAGAUUGGGAUGAAAGAUUCUGUGUCUUUAGAUUCACCCAGAGACUCGACCGAUAGGUCCACGACGAGCGAGGAGACGUCAGCGACGCAGGAGUUGCUGGACGAGAUUUUGCUGCGGCGAUCGGAAGACCAGCGGACGCCGUCGCCGGCCUCGGAUCGAAGCUCUCCGAAGCUAGUCGCUCAAAACGUGCGCGUGGUGUCUCCUGAGAGGGGACCUCCGUCCUCCGAGCCCUUUGUACCCAAAUCAGCAAGUUCUGGUCCGUACGAAAACGUUGCAUCCUGGCUGGGGCAGUCCACCAGGAUUCAAAAUGUUAGCUUAGCCAAUCACGACUCACCUCUCCACUCUGAAACUCCACUCAAACAGUUGCCGUCCGCGGCUGACCCUUACUCGCGACAUUCUCCUUCCCUUAUUGACACUUACGGAAGCUCAGACAUUGCAUCGAGGCGCCAGCUGCCACAAGACACACAAUCCUACCUGCAUAUGGACAGAUCUAAGAGCGUUGAUUCGCAUCUUUCGAGAGGCCGUCGCGGCGCGGACGACUUUGCUGCAAGGUUGUUAGAAAGUAGGACCAAAACGGAACGAAUCGAGGAAGCUCCGGUAAGACGCCCGGAACGGUUGGUAAAAAGUCCAACGUUCCCCGAUGAGAGAAUGAUGGAAAGGUCAAAGUCGGCGCCGCCUACGAGACAUCUCGACUUCCGGCUGGACGAGCCAGCGCGGCUCACAAGCAAACCUCCCCGGCCGGUGUACACGGAGAGAAUCCGUUCACCUUCACCACCAGGCACACCGUCACGCCUAACCCCUGACCCGGAGAGGUCCAUGUCACCGGUGUCGCCAAACAUGUCGCGCAGGCGCCUUGCAGGUGAGAUCAGCAGCGAUUCCAUCCGGUUUCCCGACGGAGGUACUCUCGCGACCAGAAAACUCGCCGCGGCUGAGGAGCGGUACCGCGAGGGCCAUCGGCUAGCUAGGGCGGCGGAGACCGAAGACGCCGGGGCUGCGGCGUCUGCAUCCUUCGGGAGAGACACGUACCCCGCCCGCAGCAGGCAGGAGCAGAUGCGGUACCAGAUGAACAGGGAGACGGGGAUCCCGGCGCUGGACAGGAGGCUGGCCUCCAUGAGACAGCUCCUACACACAGAGGAUCUUGAGGACAUCCUGACACCCAGCUACCAGAGGUACAAGUCGAACGAGCAGCACCUGAGUUCCUACAGGAGAGAGGAGCAGAGUGGUGCCUUCAGGAGAGAGGAGCAUCACUCAGUGGAGCAUCGCCCAUCCUCUUCCGUCAACGCCAGCUCAUCACGGAGCAGACAGGAGAAGCAACCAAAGAAGAAACCAGAGAGCACAGCUUCAGCUACAAGUAGAGUAAGGAACAGCUCAGAGACAGUAAGGCUCUACCCAGCACCUCGAUUGGACGCUAAAUUCUCCCGACCGCAGCCAGCUAAUCGGAGACUGCCAUCCAGAUGGUCACAAGUCCAAGAUCAUCCAAUGGCAGAUCGGAACACAAACCAGAACGCAACAACAGCAAGCAACGUCCACGUCGCCUCUUCCUCACCACACGUUCCGUUACAGCUGCCUUCCAGAGGGGAAUGGAAGAACAUCAACGAAACUGCGGUUUGAGACCUGCGUCCACACCUUAGGCGUUGCCAAAAAUUACGAUUUGGGACAAAAAGUCUGUCAGUUGAAAUUGUAUAAAAUGCAAAAGUGAAAUAUGAAAUCUUCCAAAUUAUCAUCGAUUUUAAGAUAAAUUAUUAGAACCAUCAGUCUCUAGAGCUUUGUGUAUCAUUAUCAUUAGAAAAAAGAGGUGCUUGUGUUUGCUAUUUAUGUAAUAUUGCUAUACUCUUACAUGAGUGUAUAUAAUACCACAUAAUCGUCUGUAUUUUGAAGAUCAUGUAAAAUGUAUAGAAACAGAAAUAUUUAAUUACAUGCGACGUUUUAUAUACUUAGGUCGCUACUUUUAUAUUAAUCAUGAAUGUUGCAAAGCGACUGUGCCACGUUUCUAUUCAUAGAAUGUAUCACUAAUAGUAAUAGUGUGUUCUUGGAGAAAAAGGCACUGAUUCGGACACUCAAAGAGAAAAAAACGAAAAUCGUACCGUAUAUAAAGAGCUGCAAAUCUUUUAGAUGUCAGUGUAUAUUACUGCCAAUGGAAUAGAGUGAAAAUUGUAGCGUUAAGUAUUUGUAGAAGGAGAAAAGUUUCUAUAAAGAAAAAUAUAGUUUUGACCAGGUUUGGUCCUGUAUGCAAAUGUCCUGUAUCUUAAAAACAGGUGCGAUGAAAAGUACCCAUUGUUGUCACUGAAGCAGUAAUUGAAGUAGGAGUCUGGAAAGUAAGCAACUACUCUGGACAAUAAUGAAACCGCAUGUUAUUUAAAAAAAAUUGCGCCUUUUUGGUGUAUGGAUGUUGUAAUAUAUUGGUAUAUUGUUAAAAAAUGUACGAGGAUGACGUCACUAUGAUGGGUGGCUGUUAGGUGGCUGUAAGCUGCAGAGCAGUUUCAGGAGGAAAAAAAAGAUGGCCGCCCCCAAGGAUGGCGAUUAAAACAAAACAGUUUUUACUGUAAGGGGGAAGGGUGGUAAUAAUGUGCAUGGGCGAGAAAGAGGUUGUUUUACGUCUAUAAAAAGAUAGCAUGCUGUAUGUUAAGGCGUGCACAUCACGCUUGUGGAUAAAGGGUAUAUGAGAGGCGAUAUUCUUGACUGUAUAUAGAACAUUAACAGUAUUUAUGACUGUAUACUGUAAGAAUCGUGGAUAGUUGCUAUUAUAUAGCCUUGAUACCGAUUCUAGACCGUGUAUAUGAUGACGUGGCCACCCUGAAUAUAUGGAAUAAAAUCUGAUAUAGAACA